AUGGGGCCUAGUGCCUGUGCGAGCGACGGCUCGUUUGGCCCUACUGUUGAGGGUUGUCGCGGAGACUUCGAUUUCACGCUCAAAUUUGAAAAUAUUGUUCUCUCGAUCCUCCCGUCGGCUGUGUUUAUUACCCUCUCGAUUCCGAGAGUCAUUUUGCUCGCCCGCAGACCGUCCAUAGUGGGCGGGGCAUUUCUCCAGUCUGUUAAAGUUACAGCGGCUGUGAUUCUCUCGAUAUUAUGGCUUGUCCUUCUGGUUCUGAGCUGUAUCGAGUCACUUACCUUGCCUAUCCUGUCCACCACGGCCAACUCGCUAGAUUUCAUUGCGUCGAUAAGCAUCUCCCUCCUGGCCAUUCUCGAGCAUUCUCGCUCUCUUCGACCGUCAAUUCUACUGAGCGCAUUUCUCUCGCUGACUAUCCUCUUUGAGAUCGCCCGAGUCCGAUCUCUCUGGCUGUUAGCUCAUACUCACUUUGAGUUAAUCUUUGUCAGACUUUUCACUGCGGCGAUUGUUUUGAAGGCUUUUCUGCUUCUGUUGGAAUCCCUGCACCAUCAGAGGCGGUCACAGUGCGACCGGAAGGCACAUAGCCCCGAAGAAACCUCAGGGCUAUACGGGCUUGGCACCUUUCUCUGGCUUCUUCCCCUUGUUAUGUCUGGCUAUAAGAAGACACUGGAUUUAUCAGAUCUUUUUCCUCUCGAACGACGUGUGGCGGUAGAAAACCUACAGAAGACCUUCGCGAAGUAUGCGCAGCGCAGCAGCUUUCACGGAGACCAGAAUGGGUUGGCAAAAGCAGUUGUUCGCACAUUAGCGAUACCCUUUCUUCUGCCAGUUGCGCCUCGACUCGCCCUGGUCGGAUUCACACUUUGUCAAUCCUUUCUCAUUGAGACGAUAUUAAAAUGGCUCACCGAUCCGGACACCGACCUAACAAUCAAGAAGGGGUAUGGCCUGAUUGGUGCGACGGGAUUGGUGUACGCAGGGAUGCCGAUUGUCACUGCCCUCUAUUGGUAUCUCCAUGAACGCGCUUUGUUUAUGCUGCGGGCAUGCUUGGUCUCGGCAAUAUACGAAAGGACAACCCAGAAGCAGAUUUCCGCUCAAGAUGACAAGGCGGCUGUCACAUUGAUGAGCACUGACGUUGAAAGGGUUCAGAUGGGCCUCAUGCAGCUGCAUGAAUUCUGGGCCAAUCCCCUCCAAGUGGCAAUUGUGAGCUGGCUCCUCCAGCGCCAGAUCGGGACAGCCUUUGUAGCGCCUCUGAUUGUUGUCGUUCUCUGCGCCAUCGCAUCUAGUUUCGUGAUGCGAUUUGUUGGCCCGAAGCAAAUGGCUUGGAUGCAGGCAAUUCAAAAGCGAGUCGGGCAUACUUCCACCGUGAUCGGGACCAUGAAACACUUGAGGAUAGCAGGACUGACUCAGCCGGUUGAGGGAUCAAUUCAAAGGUUGCGCAAGGACGAACUCAACGCUGGAGAUAAAUUUCGAACCUUUCUCGUCACCUCUGUGGGCAUUGGAUUUACACCAUUGCUUCUGGGCCCCGUAUUUGCUUUCGCGUUUACCUUUGGCAACUUGGAUCCCACUACCAUCUUCACCUCCCUUGCCUAUCUCCAGCUCCUCUCCGGGCCGUUUUCUACACUCUUUCAAGUCGCCCCGCAGCUGCGUUCGGCUUUUGCAUGUCUGUAUGAUUUUCGCCAACUCGUGUUGCCAUCGCUGGUGAAAAUCACAGCUGGGGGCUUCGGCUGGCAGACCGACGCUUUGACGCUGAAGAACAUCAAUAUUUCAAUAUCCGCAGGUCUGAACAUGGCUUUUGGUCCUGUUGCCUGUGGAAAGAGCACACUUUGUAAAGCAUUGCUAGGAGAGACUCCGAUUGUAUGCGGCGAAGUCUUCGUACGGACCAAGUUUCGCCAAGUCGGAUACUGCGAGCAAAUUCCCUUCCUCCCCAACGCGAGUAUUCGCGACAUCAUUCAAGGCAUUGACGCCUUUGAUGCGGAAAGAUAUGCGAGUAUUAUUGACGCAACAAUGCUUUCUCGCGACUUGCAGUUGCUUCCCCAAGGAGACCAGACCCAGAUCGGUAGCGAGGGACUCGCCCUCAGCGGCGGUCAAAAACGGCGAAUUGCGCUGGCCAGAGCAUUGUAUCUUCAGUGCGAUCUGUUGAUUCUGGACGAUGUUCUCAGCGGACUGGACACCGCGACCGAGGAGCACAUAUUUCGUGCCGUGUUCGGCCCUUCAGGUAUUCUCAAGGCUAGAGGAGCGAUUGUGAUACUCUGCACAACUGCUAUUCGACACCUCCCAGCGGCUGACUUCAUCAUCGCGCUGGGAAAGGACGGUACAAUUGUGGAAAGGGGACUUUACAACGAGCUUGUCGCAAAUCGCCACGCUCUCCGCGGUCUCGAUUCGCAGGCCGCCGCCAGCGAAAUAUCUCCUCCACCAUCCACAUCAACAGUCUCAUCGCCACCCACACUCCAAUCUCCAACUGCUGGUCAGAAAGCACUCAGUACUAAGCUCAAAGUCAACGAAUCGAGCAGAACUAUGGGUGAUACUACUGUUUUUGCCUAUUACUGCCGAAGCAUUGGCCCUGUCCUGCUCGUUAGCUUUGCUGCAUUUGGCAUGUUUUGUGGGUUUCUCUUCAACUUCCCCACGAUCUGGGUAAGCUAUUGGAGCACCGAUGCCUUCAGCCAAUCCAAGUCUUUCUAUAUGGGGAUAUACGCCCUCCUACAAUGUCUGGCCCUGACCAGCGUUCUGAGCGAGGCAGCCAUCGGUAUGCUGACCAUCAUCCGCACGGCUGGAUCGCGUCUGCACGAUGCAGCGUUGCGAACAGUUAUUUCCACCCCCUGGUCCACCUUAUCACAGACCGACACUGGUAUAAUCACCAACCUCUUCUCGCAGGAUUUGAACCUGAUCGAUGGUGAACUUGCGCAGGCAUUGAUCAACACCUCCCUGCAGCUCUGGAUCGCGAUCGGAGGGGCCGCGGUGAUCGCCAUCUCCUCGCCCUACAUCAUAGCCGCCUACCCCUUCAUCCUGGCACUCCUCUACGCGAUCCAACGAUUCUACCUUCGCACAUCCCGCCAGCUCCGCCUCUUAGAUCUGGAAGCCAAGAGCCCGCUCUACACGCACCAUCUCAACACGAUCAAUGGCGCAGCCACUCUCCGAGCUUUCGACUGGAUCAAGCACUCAAUUUCUGUGAACAACACUUUGCUCAACACCUCCCAACGCCCAGCCUAUCUCUUGAAUAUGAUCCAGCGAUGGCUGUCCUUUGUCCUCGACAUCGUCGUCGCCGUGCUAUCCGUGCUCAUCGUGACCCUGACCACUCAGCUUCGUACCAGCCCCGGCUUCACCGGCGCCAGCUUAGUCUCCCUCAUGAGCUUUGGUAAGACGCUGGCUGGCCUGGUGCGGAUGUACACUGUCCUUGAGACAUCUAUUGGUGCUGUAGCGCGUAUUAAAGCGUUCGGCGAUGAAACUGGCCCCCGCGAGGAGAAUCGGCCACUUGGGGAGGCGGAUGAUAGCGUGGGACUCCAUGCGACCUGGCCUGAUAGGGGUAGAAUUACUGUCCAGCAUGUUUCUGCUUUGUAUAGCGGUGAAUCAAUGAGUGCAACUGUGGACAAUUCACAGGACCUGGCCCUUCGAGAUCUUACAUUCUCAGUUGAAGCUGGACAGAAAGUGGCUAUUUGUGGGAGAACCGGAAGCGGUAAAUCAUCCGUGAUUCUCCUCUUGCUUCGUCUUCUGGACCCAGUCCAGUCGUCGUCCAAUACCAACAGGAACACGAUACUAACGAUUGACGGUAUACCCCUGCAAACAAUCGACCACUCCACUCUGCGUCGACGUCUCAUCGCCGUCCCACAAGACGCCACCUUCUUCCCAGCCGGGACCUCCUUCCGGACGAACCUCGACCCAUUUUCCGAGGCAACUGACGCUGAAUGCCAGGCGGUCCUGGAGCGGACAGGUCUCUGGACCCUAGUGACUGCGCGCGGGGGGCUCAGCGCGGCGCUGACGCCUGACACGCUAAGCCACGGGCAGAAGCAGCUGUGGAGCCUGGCACGCGCCGUGCUGCGGCGCCGUCUGCGUGACGGUGCGAGGGAGCAACAGAUCGUGGAUAAUCUCGCUUCUGCAAAAUCAAGAUCGGUAUCAGUGUCAAUAGAUUCCCCUCGCGUGCCAACCGGCGGGGUUUUGCUCCUUGAUGAAGUCGAUAGUGGGGUGGAUGUGGAGACGCAGAGGAUGAUGCAUGAUCUCAUCUGGAGUGAGUUUGAAGGGUAUACGGUUGUUAUGGUGGGGCAUCGGUUGGACAUGGUGGAGGAGUUCGAUAAAGUGUUGGUGAUGGAUGCGGGUCGGCUGGUGGAGGAGGGGUCGCCGAGGGAGUUGAUUGACAUUCCUGGGGGGUGGCUUAGGGGGCUGUGGAUGGUUGGGAGAGGGUGA